AUGAGUGCAAUGGCAGAGUCGCCACUGACUAUUCCGACGUACGAUGGCUCGUUGGUGUCUGUACGCAGUACAACAUCGUCCAUGUCUCGGUUGCAACCAGCGACCGGCUUAGCUCGACGAAAAGCAGAACCCGAACCGAAAUGGAAAGCCGGUGAACUACCAACGAACUAUCAAUGUCCAUCAUGUUUCAGCUAUCUACGCUUUCCUAUUCAAUUUGAAGACUGCGGACAUUACAUAUGCUCCAGUUGUUUACCGGAUAUCAUGCGAGUGGUACCACGAUGUCCCACAUGUCAACAGCCGAUUUCGAAAGAUAAAAUCGUCAAUGAUAAAAAUCUUCAAAAAGAAAUUCAAAAUCUCGAAGUUUAUUGCACAAAUAAAGAGAAGGGCUGUACUUGGAGUGGUACAUUACGUGAAAGUCAAGUUCAUAUCGAAUCAUGUGAGUUCGUAACCGUCGAAUGUCCGAAUCAGUGCGGGGGAAGUUUCGAAAGAAGAUUUCAAAGCAAACAUGUGGAUGAAGAUUGCGCAAAACGAAUGAUCGUUUGUGAAUUCUGCAAGGAGAAAGUUCCAUCAGAAAAUGAAAUUUCGCAUUUGAAUAUCUGCCCUGAAUUCAAAGUUCCAUGUCCAAACCAAUGCUCUGAUAAAGAAUAUCCACGCCGAGAAGUACAAAAUCAUCUGGAAAAUGAAUGUCCGAAACAGGAGAUUCAUUGUCCAUUUGCUGAUUGUGGGUGUGAAUAUCUUGGCCGCCGACCGGAUAUUGCUGUUCAUAUGAAAGAAAAUCCUGGUAUUCAUUUGAAUAUGGCUGGUAAAACUAUAACUUUGCAAAAGAAGGCCUUACAAUUGUAUGACGAACGGAUAAAAGAACAAAAAAACUGGAUUGAUCUGUUGUCACGUAAAGUAAAUGCUCUGGAAAAAUCCUAUGGAGCCCAGUAUAUAUGGAAAAUCGAUCGUUAUAACGAAAGAUUACAAGAAGCUCGUUCGAAUAAGAAAACCACUUUAUUUAGUCCACCAUUUUGCACAAGUCGUCAUGGUUAUCGUCUUGCUUUGUCGAUUUGCCUUUGUGGAGAUGGAAAAGCAAAGGGAAAAUACGUUUCAUUGUUUAUUUGCAUUUGUCGAGGUGAUUUUGAUUCGUUAUUGGCUUGGCCAUUUUCACACCGAGUUACAUUUACAUUACUCGAUCAAUGUGAAGACGUUGAUAAUCGUCGACAUAUAGUCUACACGGUAAAACCAAAUGUCUGCAAAGAAAAUAAGCCAUUUCUAGGUCGUCCAAUAUCUGAACGGAAUGCCAGCUUUGGAGCACAACGGUUCACUGAUUUAGACACGAUGCUAACGCUGGAAUAUGUCAAAGAAGAUACGAUCUUUAUCAAAGCUGAAAUUGACAAUGAAGAUAUGGUUGCUAUUUAA